AUGUCAAUCUCUAGAAGCUCUGUUGAUGUUAAUACAUUAGUUGAUAAUGCCAGAAAAUGCUUAAUUGAUGCACAACUCAUUUGCCAAGAUGCUAAUAAAAGAAUAUCAUUAGUACAAGAAAAAUUAUCACGUUGGCAACAAGAUAUCAAUAAAUUAUAUUUUUUACUGGAUUGCUUAGAAAAUCAAUAUAAGUUUUUAAGUCAUGAAAUAUUAGAUAUUAGUAUUGGCAAAAAAUUAAUUAGAGAAGAAUGGUCUGAUGCUGUUUUAAAUCAACUAAUAAAUAACAUGAAAUAUUGGCAGAAUAUAAUCACUUCAGAGAUAAAUACUUUGAAUAGCACAGAAAAUAAAUUUGCUCGUAAAAAUUCUAAUAAUGAAAAGAUGUUAGGAGAUUUUAUUACAAUGGAGAACGGUAAUAUUUUAAAUAAAAAAUUAAAAGAAAUCCCAAUAAUACAAAAACAAAUUGAAAAUAUUAGAGCUCAAUAUACUCAUCUGAAAAGAAAAGUGGUAGAACAAAAUUUCGAUAAAAAAUUAAAAGAUAUUAGGAAAGAGAUAAAUAUUAAUUUCGAUUCUGAUAAUGAUGCAAAAAAUUAUUUAUUAAUGAUUACAUAUCCUGAUCAAAUGAAAUUAUCAGUUCAAGAAUUGGCCGAAUAUAUAACAUCAUUAGUCAACCACUUUGAAAAAUGUAAAGUGUUAAGAGAUAAUAAAUUAGAAGAAGAAGAUUUUAAUGAAUUAUUAAAAGUGAUUAAAAAUGAUGACUUGGAAUUAGAUUCUAUUUUAGAGCUUCUAAUGAAAACUGUAGAAGACUCAGGUGAUGUUUUAAAAGAAGCUAAUUAUAUAUUAGAAGAAAAAACUAUUUUAAAGAACCAGCUUCAUUCAGAAUUAGCAAAAUUAAUCGGUGAAUUUCAGAAACACCACGAAUCUUUAUUAAUUUUUAAAAAUAUUUCUGAAAUUAUAACAAUUUUUAAAAAAUCUUGUCUAGGUGAUAUUAAUAUUACAAAACAAUUGAUCCAUUUCUAUAAAAAUUUUGAAAAUAGCUAUCAAAAUUUAAAUGAAGAAGUUGAAAGAAGAAAAAGAGUAACUGAAAAGAUGAAAACAGUGUUAAAAAAUUGUGAAAAUGAAUUAACAAGAUUAAAUGAAGAAGAUCGAAUGUAUAGGAAAGAAUUUAUUUUAAAGAAUGGGGAUUUUUUACCAGAAAAUAUUUUACCAGGGCAAAUUGAUGACCUUUCUCCACUAUUCACUUUAAAUUAUACUAUUCGAGAUGAAUAG